UAAAACCAUACCAAUUUGAGCCCGAAUCGGACCCAGAAAAUUUUAAUGAAGAUGAACGAGCAGAACCUGUUCAAGAACGGCGUUUAAAUGAAGUUUCAGAAUGGUAUGUUUUUUGUUGUUGAUAUCUAAUACUUUUUUAGAUACGCUGUAAUUUAAUUGUACUAAUUAUAAUAGUUGAUGUUUAAUUUAUAACAAUAAUAAGUGUUUGUCUAUUAACAAAAGUGUAUUCAAGAACCUUUUUUAUUUAAAAAAUAUAUAUAUUUUAUUAGGUGUACAUGUAAUAACUGUGAAAAAAUGCCAAUUGAAGAGGAAAACAUCUGCUGCAAAGAAAUACAGAAGGUUGUAAAACGAAUGAUGGAGGUUCCAGACCCUCCUAAAUGUAUGGUUGAGCAUCCAGGUUUUGAACCAAACUGCUUAAAUCCGUAUACUUUGCAAAAUAUCAAUAAUAUUUACAGAGCCGACUAUGGACCAGUGAGACGCAGAAAUGAAGAGGAGCGUUUCCGUUAUCUGGCCUAUCGCAGCUUUGUCAGCUGGUGCUGGGGCUACCUAGGACGUAGUGUGAGGGUUGUCAUCCCCUCAUGUGUUGUUAACCGGAUCCGUCUACAGUUUCCUGAUCCAGCGGGACAGUAUGUUGGGUUCCGGCCACCCCUCGACUGAAUCAUGACACACGCUGGGCAAUCACCUCUUCUUUGGAAGGUUUUUCAUACUGUGAUGACAGAGGAGGUGG